GGAGCCCGGCGGCCUCGCUAUGGAGGAGGGCAGCGGCUUCCGCCUCUCGGCCGAGUGCCUGGACGAGCCGCCCAACAGCCGCGUCUUCGUGGUGCUGGGCAAGGACACCGGGGAGGCGCUGAUCCGGGAGCGCUUCGCCCCCUUCGGAGACAUCCAGAACAUCUGGCUCCUGCGGGACAAGCGCACCAACGAGUCCCGCGGCAUCGCCUUCAUCAAGUUCGCCCGCAGCUCGCAGGCCUGCCGGGCCAUGGAGGAGAUGCACGGCCGCAGCCUGGUCCCCGACACCAAGCCCAUCAAGGUAUUUAUUGCACAGUCAAGAGCUUCUGGAAGCCACCGAGAUGUUGAAGAUGAGGAGCUUACAAGAAUCUUUGUUAUGAUACCAAAAUCCUAUACAGAGGAAGAUCUGCGAGAGAAGUUUAAGAUGUAUGGAGACAUUGAAUAUUGCAGCAUUAUUAAAAACAAGACUACUGGAGAAAGUAAAGGUUUGGGCUAUGUGAGGUAUUUAAAACCAUCGCAAGCUGCCCGAGCAAUUGAAGAGUGUGAUCGAAGCUACAGGGCCAUUUUGGCUGAACCUAAAAAUAAGUCAUCUGAGUCUUUUGAACACGAUUAUUAUAGUAAUAACACGAGGCAAGAACCAAGAGGAAAUACGCUUCCGUUUUGUGGGCAGCCAGAGUUUUGUAGUUUUGAAAAAAAUGAGAGCAGAAUUCAAGAGUCAGUCUCCAAACGUCUGUCAGUAGUAUCGCGGCUUCCCUUUAUCCAAGAGCAGCUGUUUGCCCUCUUUGAUCUAGUUCCAGGACUGGAAUAUUGUGAUGUUCAGCGAGAUCCUCAUACCAAUAGUGGGUAUGCUGUGAUUCAGUACAGUACUGCUGCGUCAGCUAUAUAUGCCAAGUAUAAAUUACACGGUUUUGAGUAUCCUCCUGGAAAUCGAUUAACUGUCAUUUUCCUAGAAGAUGGGAGUGAUAGCUCAGACCUCAUCAGAAAAAUGGCAACACAGCUGGUAACAGCACAUGUGUCAUCAGUGUUGCGGAAUAACAAUGCAAUUGUUCAGCAGUAUAGGACACCUCCUGCAUUUGGAGGAACUUCUGGCUCACAGUUACUUCAGCCCCAAACAGAUGCCAUACUUCCACCACACAAAAAAAAAGUUCCACCUGACACUUCUGUGAAGGAGAGGCUUUUCAUACUUUUUCAUCCCCAUCCUUUACCUGUAAAUGUAUUGGAAGAUGUGUUCUGUCGUUUUGGACACUUGAUAAAAGUUUACCUUGUGGCUGGAAAAAAUGUGGGCUAUGCAAAAUUUGCAGACAGAGCAAGUGCCAGUGAUGCCAUAACUGCAUUACAUGGCAAGAUUGUGAAUGGUGUCAGGCUUAAAGUGAGGUUGGCAGACUCACCUACAGAAGAAUCUAACAAACGUCAGAGAACGUACUGAGCAGGUGAGUACCCAGUCUGAGCUGUUACUUAAAUUGAAGUUCAACUACUUGAAAUAGUGACAGGCAAAGUAUUUUGAAGUUAGAUAUGAACAUGUAAUGAUAAACUUUAAAUCAAUUUUUAGCUAACAACUUGAAAUUUAAUUUGUGAUAUAUGUGUGUAUAUAUAUAUAAGUGUGUGUAUGCUUAUAUGCACACGUACACUUUAUUUUAGUAAAAAUCUAUUUUUAUAAUUUUUGAACAAAUAUGAACCAGUUGAUUGACAUCAAUUGAUGUUCAUAGAAAUAUUCACUUUGUGUACAUAAGACUAUCAGCUAACAUUGACAAGAGUAUGUAAAAAUAAA